GCUCGCCAUUUGUCCGAUGUGCAGCCAAGGUCAUCAGAGGGAAAUUGCGAAAUAUUCUUUAGAAAAAAAGGUGUAAAGUUAUGGUAAACGUACUAUCUUAUCUGCAGCGGUGUCGAUGCUGUGUGCAUUAUGUCAGGCGCCGCCUUCUCCCGCAUGUGGCGAAUGGCUGUUGGCGCUCACGCCUGGUCUGCAGCUUGCCGUACACCACACACGGCACGCCGCACUGCUGCCUGCGUUACGUAAACUAGAAGAAAUCGUUCAAACACCUUCACUUUCUCAAUAUAAACCGGCGAUAGAAGCGUUACUACACAAUGUGGGAGGAUCGUCGACGAGUGACGUGAUUCGUGACCCGCCCCGACCUGCUUCGAACCUGCACGCGGCGCAGGAGGUUGGUCGACGCGUUACUCAGAUCUUCCAACAAUCGAAAACUAACAUGAACUUGCAGAACAUCUUUAAAAAGAAAACUUAGUAGAGAAACAUAAUAACAUUUCAAACUAUAAUAUAAGCAUUAUGUGCUGGAAUCACGUAAAGAAACGCGUAGAGAGUUAAUACGAAUUAGAACUAAUAUACGUCGUGCAUAAAUAAAUACAAUAACUUUUGUGAGUACUGCAAUCGCAGUUGUGUAGGUACCGCACGCACUGAAUUUAUUGUAAAGGCUCCGAUAUCAAGACGAGACCUCGUUUAGAUGGAUCACACGAUAAUCGUAUUGAUCUGUCGCUACUUCCCUUACGUUCAAGUUAAUCGUUAACGAGAUAAACAUACACUAUUGAUUCUUUGUUUCGAUGAGUCUGAAACAUCGGAACGUGAGGACAAAUCGUCCCGUAUAUGGGGGCCUUAAAGAUAAUGAUAUUAUAUUUACCCAUUGAAAUUUGUUUGUAUAUAGCGAGUGCGAACCCUGGACAUAUCUUGGGUUACCAUUGUUCAUGGCUCUUUGAUUCUGCUAUUAACUCACUUAAUUUUAAAUCUUACAUUACUUAAGGAGAGGGAAGUCUCAAUAAAGUUGCUACAGUGCCACUUUAGAUAUUAAAAAUGUACUUAAAAUCUCUUGAUACCAUAAUGAAGACAUAAUAAUUCAAAGUAAAUCUAAAUGAAAAAUAAUAGAAAUUUAAUUGUUUACUUAUUUUUAAGUGUUAUUUUUAAAUAUAGCUUAGUACAAAGAUUUCAAAAUUAAACUGUGCAAUAAUUGAAAUUCUAAACUAUCUUACUUAUUAC